GCCUCGAAUUCUAGCAGUGAAGAGAUUCACCUUGAAAUCGAUAUUUUCUUUUUCUUCGUUCGAAUUUUCGGACUGUCGGACAGUCGAAGAUGUUGUCGCGUUUUAAGAACGCGUUCAAGUGUACCCUGCCGAAGUGUGAGAAUUUUCACUUUCCAGGAAUGGAGAAGCCCGAGUCCUCCAUGGGGGACGAGAGCAACGCGGAGUUGGAGGACAGGGACCCGAAUAAUUUGAACAAGCAUCUACAGGUGAUGUGGGACGACGUGAUCGGGGAACCGGAAGGAAUACGUAGCCCUGAGUGCGCGUGGCGGCUGAGCGGCCACUGCUUCCGGUUGUCCAGGGGCUGCUGUUACAUAUUCCUCUCCGUCCUCGUCGCACCCGUACUCGCUCUUUGCUUAGGCUUCACAUUCGCCUGCCUCGCGUUUCAGCAUAUAUGGUGUCUAGCGCCAUGUCUCCGUGUCUGGAAGAUCACCUGCGCGGCGACAAGGAACUUCUUCUCCGCCGUUACGCAAGCCAUCGUGCGACCAAUCAUGGAUUCCCUUGGCUAUCUCUUUCACAACAUCCGUGUCUUUAACCAGAAGCUACCAGACGGUCCCGCGAAAGGAGACGAUUUUCUCGUGGUGUAA